GGUUCAUUUGUGAGACUCCCGUCGCGUUUCACCACCGGCUGCGCAGCUUGCGCGAUCACUUGUGCGCGCACACGCAAGCAAGCAAACGCGAAUCCUCUUGUUGUAGCUGCUAGGGAUCGCUUGCACUGCGGCUCAGCAGGAGUUUUUCCUCAUUCACGAAACGAUCGCUUCAACGUUCGAACGGGAUUUUCCCGCGGGACUUUCUAACUAGCUACUACUUGUGGAAAAGUGAAUUUCCGUGACGAUCAGUCUGCGACAGGACUGCCGAGUGUGCGCACGUUUUCACGAACGAAGCCGCGGAAAUUCAGUGAGCCGAAGAAAACCGGUGGGACUUGGUGUUUUGGUGUGGACUUUUUCCUUCUUUAAUCUGGUUUCGUUUGGGGAAAUUGAAGAACGCCAACAAAGAACGCCAUCAACCGGACGUGUUUGGAUCGGUCGUCAUUUGGCAGUGAACUAGAUUUUCAACGGUUCAUCGCGGGAAAAUCGGAACAAACGACUUCCCCUGAGAGUGCAUGGAUGUAGGGUGCGUGUCACUGGGUGGUGAAACGAAUUCAGUGGUGCUCUUUGUUAAUGAAUUGUUUGUUUUCUCGGAGGCUAGUGGCGUGUAAAAUCGCUUAACGAUCGCGGACGGCACGAGGACACAAUAAAUUUUGCCGCUUUUCGCGAGAACGCUGCUGGUACGGAUGUAGGUGAUCCAUCAAACCAGGUCUCGUCAAACUGCGUGUGAACAACGUGUUGAUUGAGGGCAUCUGCCGCAGCGUAGUACAAUUCGGCACAAAACGAAGCGAUCGUGAACGUUAUUACCUAACAGCAGCAACAGUCGUUUUGAGUCCUGUUGAUGCGGUGUGUGAUCUCGGCACGGGAAAGUUUCGUGCUCACAAGUUAUUAGAAAAUUAGCGUCAAAUCCGAUUAGUGGAAAACGAAAAAUUGGACGUCACCAAUCUACGUUUACGUCUACGCAAUCGAGCAACUAAGAAAACAACCCACCACGAGAGAUGAAGGAAGUUAGCGGUGAAAAUUUUGUGAUCAGUCGAAUUUCGCACGAUCAUUAGUAAAUAACAAGUAGUGACAUUUUUAAGACUCGCGAGAAGAGGGUUGAGAAGAUUGGAGCUCAGACGCAGCAAGGAAUCAUUCUAACAACUGCGCCGCUUUUUCAGAACGUUCAGAAAGGGUUUUCACGCUCGUGUUCCAGCACAGGGACUAUCCAGUCGGUUUGUCGUGCACAUUGAUCGUCGCGUCGAAAUGGUUCAGGAAAUGUCGAGUAACGUUCCGGAGGAACUUUACAACCUAACACAGCUGGCGGAAGUAUCGAUUGCAGCAGGGAAAAUGAACACAGGCAGUUCUACCUUGGCGAUAUCAGGGAAUCAGUACCAUCAGCAGCAACACCAGCAGCAGUUUCAUACCGGCUUACAGUAUUCUUCUGGCUACAGUAAUGGGUCGGUCAAGUGCUACUCACUUCAACAUGAGUCACUGAUGAGCCCGGUAGCCGCUUAUCAUCCGGCUGAGUAUUAUCAGCAUUCUGCCGAUGGAACAACCCCCGCUUAUCACGGCCAGUUGCGUGCCGAUAACGAUACCGAAAGGAGUGCUAAUCUGCGCAGUCCAUCGCCAGUUUCUCAUCCACAAUCGACGAGUCAGUCCUAUUCGGCCACCAAGAAAAAGUGGAAGACAAACUGGGAGAUCAACCGGAAUCUUAAGCUGCACCAACAGCACAGGAUCAACAAGAUAAGAGAUGCAAAUGGGCACAGCAGCUGUAGUGGUGGUAGCGCCCAUGAAGAAUCGUACGAAGCAACUGACCUCACCUAUUACACAUCUACGAUACGGACUGACGACAAUGACUGCGUUGCCACCGAUCUGAGCCCCUCGAGACCUGGCAGCAACAGUAGCAGCAUCAGUAACGAUCGACACCCUGGGCCCGAAGGUCGCACAUCGGACCGGAGGAAUUCUUACGCUUCGGAAGAAUCCGUCGAUUCGAAUUACUCCUACUCGCACAAAGUCUUCGACAGGAAAAAGUCUCGAACGUUGUCGUGGAACAGCGCAAGCAGCAACUACAGUCAGGGUGAAGAAUUGCAUCACUACCACGAUCUCAGUGAAUCGGGUCGGCCCAGCGGAAGCGGUAGUAGCAGCAGUGGCGAUGAAAUCGGCUCCUCCGACGAUGUGCACAGCUGUCCGGAGUGCGGCAAGAAGUAUUCCACCUCGUCGAAUUUGGCACGGCAUCGUCAGACGCAUAGGUCACUGCAGGACAAGAAGGCUAGACGAUGUCCGCACUGCUCCAAGGUGUACGUAUCGAUGCCAGCUUAUUCGAUGCACGUGCGCACUCACAACCAGGGUUGCCAGUGUCCCACGUGUGGCAAGUGCUUUUCAAGACCGUGGCUGCUGCAGGGGCAUAUUCGAACUCAUACUGGCGAAAAACCGUUCAAGUGCAGCAUCUGCCAGAAAGCGUUUGCCGACAAGUCGAACCUGAGGGCCCACGUCCAGACGCACUCCAACACCAAACCGCACUCGUGCAGCCGCUGCGGCAAAGCGUUCGCCCUCAAGUCCUACCUCUACAAGCACGAGGAUUCGUCCUGCAUGAAGAACAAAACGACAACCAGUGGCGGGGGAGUUGGCAGUAAAAGUCACCAUCCCAAGUCGCCGUCAUCGAACCCAAAUUCACCGGGGAAGGUGCGCAGGAAAGCCGAGAAACACAAGAGGCAGGGUUCUUCGGAGAGUCUACGGAACUUCGGAGCUGGUCAUCCGGCUAUUGGGACAUCGGAAGUGGCAUCAACCGUGAUGAGUGCCGUAGAUUUGGCUCUGCAAGCAGAGAUUCAGCUCAAGAAGGAUGCCGUUCGGGCUAAGAUCCGAGAGGUUUUGGAGGACAACUGUAAGAAGUCGGCCCAGCUUAGGGCGGCGGCUGCAGCGGCGGCACAGGUUGUCCAGGGAACGUCAACGCCAACCGACAACCGGAUCAGUGUGAUUCGAACCACGGCCAGUACCACGCAGGAUGGGUACGGCUACCUGGUGCGUCAUGAUUUUUCUAGUUCGCCUCAAGCUGGACUAGGAACUUUGGAUGGCAACACUGGCACUAGCAGUUAUGAGUAUCACAGGAACUAUGCCAUCAUUGCAUGAUGGAGUUGUGUGAUGGGUUAAUCUGUGCCGAAAUAGCUCAACAAAGACCAAAACAUUAAAUUUUUAAAGCAUUUAGCUAUUUUUGUUUGGAAUAUUGAAGAUUUCUACAAGUGAUUUCUUCAAUAUAGAACUUUUUUAUUUGUCUUGUAAAAAUUAAAAAAAAAAAACAAACUGUGAAUUCUCACGUGCCUUAAUAAGGUUAAUGUUAGUGAUCUUUCUCUUCUCAAGUGAAACUAUUGUAAGAUGUAAAAAAAACAAACUACCGCCUAACGAAAACUGUGUAAAGUAUUUGUGUACCGCAAAAAAAAGUUUGUAAAAGUCAUUAUUCUGUAAAAAUCGACUAGAUUCUACAGUUAGUAUUUUGUAAAGUUGAAAGCUUGCGAAAGCGAUCUCCAUGUAGCAAUGUGCCAAAAAUCAUACAUCACGGAAAACAACGAAACGACGAAGCCUCAGAACAAAACAAAAAAAAAAACAAUCAUAAACACUGUACAUUUUCUACUGUUUCGUUCGUUUUCCCGUACUAUCACUCUGUUCGAGUAUGUUUAGCAUUUAAGUUCUUACAAUUUGUUCUUAGUUUUACAUUUUAUGGUUUUUUGUUUGCUUCAGUUUCGGUUUAUCUACCCAAGGACGAGAAUGUUCUAGUCUUGCAAUUUAUGUUAGUUUAUUCGUUAGCAUUUCGAUUAAGUUCGUUUGUAUUUUAUUUUCGAUGUUUUUUUUUAACUACAAAUGUAUGUGCCAUAUCACCACAAACCAAUGAGUUAUUCUAAUCAUUUGCCCUAAUCUUACCAAUUCGUUCGGUUUUAGUUAUGGUAACGUUUAAGUUAAUCAUUUAACCCAAAAAAGUUUAUUAUUGAGUUUUUCGCUGUUAUAGUUUGGUAAUAAUUUUCAUGAAGCUGGAUUACGAUGGUGCUUCAACAAUAGUUAGGGCGAUAAGUAUGGGACGCCACUGAGCGCCCUUUUGCCGGAAAGGCCGGAUUGUGCAAUCUACGUACAUAUUUAAGUUUAUGAAAAAGCUAGACUUAAGAAUGAUUUAAGUAAACUGUAAAUGAAAUUCAUAAAGCUGGAAAGAUUUUUCUCAGAUAGAUUUCUUAAGUAGGUAGAAUAGAAUGCAAUAUGACAAGACUUAUUAAAAAUAAAUACUU